CCGCGUCCCCACUCACCCCUUCCUCAAAAACCCUCAAAACCAGCUCUGAACUAAACCAUUGACACUCUUCACUGAUCACAUAGACGGCAAGAGCAAAACAACUUACGAAAUCGUUUGAGAUGGCCUCCAGUGACCAGAGACCGACUCCGAACCCUGUCUGCGGUAGCAGCGACGAUAUGACGCCGGGGAAUUCGAUGACGAUGGGGCAGCACAUGCUUGACAAAGGAGCGGAGAUAAUGCAGUCGCUGAAGCCUGUGAAGCAGAUGAGCCAGCACAUCUGCACCUUCGCUCUCUACAGCCACGACCCGACUCGUCAGAUCGAGGCUCAUCACUAUGUUCAUCGCCUCAACCAGGACUUCUUCCAGUGCGCCGUCUACGACUCCGACGACUCUCACGGCCGCCUCCUUGGUAUUGAAUACAUAGUAUCAGAUCGGACUUUUGAGGCUUUGCCUCCGGAGGAGCAAAAGCUUUGGCAUUCUCAUGCUUAUGAAAUCAAAGCGGGUCUUUGGGUCAAUCCCCGGAUCCCUGAGAUGGUUGCUAAGCCAGAGCUUGAAAAUUUGGCAAAAACUUAUGGCAAAUUCUGGUGCACAUGGCAGGUUGAUAGAGGUGAUAGGCUUCCAUUGGGGGCACCUUCCCUGAUGGUGUCACCGCAGCCAGUGAACUUGGGGCAUGUGAAGCCGAAACUGGUGGCGAGGAGGGAUGAGAAGUACAAUAUAUCCACAGAGGCCAUAAGCCACUUGAGGUUGGAGAUUGGAGAGCCGGAGUUGAUCAACCCGCAGGCAGAUUACUGGAAAAAUCACGGCAAGGGUUUUGCGGUGGACAUUAAGAGCACUGAGAUGUUGACAAGGGCACCCUUUCCUUAGUUAUUGCAUAAUUGGCAAACAAGCAAGAUCGACCCUU